CUUUGUGGCAGCGCGGCUUUUUGGUUUCGAGAAUGCCUAUUCACGCCUUACCUGCCUUACCUUUAUUUCUGGCAUUAUCUCUGGUUUUACACGCUGCUUAUGGAACUAUAUCGCCGUCAGAUAAAAAGAAAUCUAAGAGCGCACAAGCGUUAGACCCCGGAUCUGAGGACGUUUUCGAGCGUGAUUUAGUGAAAGAAGUUUUCAAAGUCGGUGAUAUUUUGAAGCAUCACCGCUCCUACUGCAACACAAAAACAAAAACCAGGCGUUUCGCCGGCGAUGUGCUUGGCUAUGUUACCCCGUGGAACAACCGUGGAUACGACAUCGCCAAGAUAUUCGGCUCUAAGUUUCGCUUUGUUUCGCCAGUUUGGCUGCAGCUCGAGCUUUCGCAAGAAACGACGACGGGCUUUGCAGUCGCCGGACAGCAUGACGUCGACGUGGGAUGGGUUCAGGACGUGAAAUCCGCAGGGGAAGCUGUAAGAAUGGUUCCUCGUGUUUUGUUCGAAAAGUGGACGCCCCAACUCCUAACGAAAGUAUCCUCAUCAAAGAAGAAGAUGGGCGCAAUGGCAAAGACAUUAGUGGACGUAGCCCAAAAGAGUGGCUUCAAUGGAUACGUCCUGGAAUUGUGGUCACAGUUUGGAGGACAGAUGACUGCAGAAAUGACAAAACUUGUUCAACAUCUGGCCAAGGAGCUCCAAGCUGAGAACUUGGACCUGAUUCUUGUCAUUCCACCUGCAGUGUACCAAGGGAACAUGCCAGGAAUGUUUUCGAAGAAGGACUUUGAUAACUUGGUGGAUCACGUGACUGCAUUUAGCCUGAUGACCUACGACUACUCAAGCCCACAGAGACCUGGGCCAACAAGUCCUAUUCAAUGGGUACGCAAGUGCGUAGAACUCCUGGCUCCUGAGAAAGGUCCUCAGCGUGCGAAGAUACUUCUGGGCCUCAACUUUUAUGGUUAUUCGUAUACAAGUGUAGGCGGUGGACCAAUCCUUGGAAGCCAGUUCAUACAAGAGCUCUCUAAAAGCAAGAAGCACUUGAUAAACUGGGAUAAUGAAGCGUCGGAGCAUUACUUCGAGUACAAGUUGCAAGAUGGCAAGCGGACAGUCUUCUACCCCACCCUGCACUCAAUCAACGAGCGAGUGAAGUUAGCAGAAUCUCUAGGCACUGGUCUGGCCAUCUGGGAGCUGGGCCAGGGCUUGGAUUACUUCUACGACCUUCUUUAGGUGGGACAGCUGUCCUGUAUAUAGUGUGUCAGGUUAUUUCACUUGUGGAUUCAAGUGAAUUGCCUUGGUUGGUACGUCGCUUUAUCAUCUUUCAGCUGGACAAUCACUGCCUGUUUUACGCACCGUUCUGUAAGAACCAAGAUUGUUUUGUGCAUUCUACAUCUUGUUAUGUCUUAUAAAAAUGCUUAGUCGUGUUUC